AUGGGGGACCGACUCACGCAGCUGCAGGAUGCUGUCGAUCAGCUAGCCCAGCAGUUUGUCGCAUGCCUGCACUUUGUCCACCGACGACACGACCUCGAGACGCUGAGCCCCACCGACAAGAUUCGCGACAUCAAACAGGAGCCGCACCAAAAGGAAGUUGAUCCGCUUCCCGCCGACGAGUUCCAAGCCGGUCUCAAGGAGCUCUCGAGAGACCUCAUUGUCAAGGAGCAGGAGAUAGAGUACCUCAUAUCCUCGCUUCCUGGCCUCGAUAACAGCGAGAAGGACCAGGAGCGAAACAUCAAGGAUCUCGAAGAGGAUCUCAAGGCUGCCGAGGCGCAGCGGCAGGAUGCGCUGAGGGAGAGGGACCAGAUCCUGGCUCAGCUCGACACCGUCAUUCGCAGUGUCCGGAGGCCUUGA